AUGGCGAACCUAAACUGGGAGGCCCACAAGGCUGAAAUCGAGCGCCUCUAUAUCCACCAAGACAAAUCGCUGAAGGAGGUGAUUCAGACCAUGGGAGCGGUACACGGGUUUUGCAGAAGCAAGAGCCAAUACGAAACGAAAUUCGCGCAGUGGGGACUCAAAAAGUAUCACAUGGGAUCCAAGAAGUGGAAGCUCCUUGAUCAGAACCUGAAAAAACGAGGUGCAGACACAGAAGUCUAUAUCAAUGGAGUUCUCUUUGAGCCCAAGAGAGUUAAACGUGAGCUUGGUCGACAGGCCUUUCAAACAACAAUGCAAAAAGAAAUGGAGAAGGUCAUUUCAAAAACUUCCCCUAAAAUUCCAGAAGGUGUUCUGGUCUACUCCCCAGCACCGUCUGCGUUGCAGCUACAAUGGCCUUCGAACCUCCCCUGGUUCAAUUUCUCACAAUCUGCGUUCCCAGACAAGGCUAAAGGUGGGGAUGCUUUUGAAAUGAUGGCCUUUUAG